ACAACAUCCACAUUUCACCUCGACGAGCUCCGGGUGAUGGCGCGCGCGACUCGCGGCUCCAAGCUGCUCGAAAAGGAGUCACCGGAGGUGGACGCCUCCGCGACCGUGACUCCAGCGCCGAAACAGAGGGGCAGGCCAGGACGGAAACGCAAGCGACAAUCUACGGCGGAUGUGGACGGUCAGCCGGCGGCCAAGAUUUCCAAGAGCGAGGAUCCGGACGAGGUGAAGGAAGAGCCGGAGCCGGACGGUGCAGAAGGAAAGCAGCCCGAAGAAACGAAUGAGGUCGUGGAACACCCUGACCUGCCUGGUUCUGGAGAGGUGCCUCUUCACCUGGAAGACGCCCAAAAGAUACUAGAUAUUCUAGAGAUGGUGGACACGCAGGGUCUCCUUGAUCGAAUAUUUCCUCUACCCGAGCCCGAGACGCACGCUUUGGACGUUGCGGACUCGUCGAUGCCUCAAUUGUUAUCCUUCCGCAAUCUUCUUCAGGAUCCCUCUCGUCAUACCCUAUCAGUCUUACGCUCCGCCAUUCAACAUCUCUUCCCCAUCUCUUCUCAUCCGCGUUCGCGACCGUCGACUGCUGCCUCCCAACAACAGCAUUUCUGCGCGCUCGCCCUCUCUCUCCUCGACCAAGCCUCCCGCAACGUUGCCCCCGUCCCCCUUUCAUCCACAACCCUCCUCCCACCCUCCCCUAGCUCGACCGAUGCCCCGGAUCCGGCCACUACUCCUGCCGCCCCGCGUAACUACGCCCUUGUGCAGCACCUGCCUACCGGCGACUGGUGGUCCUCGCUCAGCGCACGCUCCGCCGGCGCGGAACUGCCCCCGCCCAGUCAGCUUCACGACCUAGGCACCGCACACGCAGAGCUCGUCGCCGUCAUCCCCUCGCCCUCCGAUGUCGGCACGGGCCCGCCACCGCCGUCGCUAGGCUCGAUGCGCAUGACUGCGCCGCCCAGGCCGAAGGGCCCCGCGCGCGCGAAGCCGCCCGGCCCGCGACAGCUUCGGACUGGCAGCUUCUUGGACUACGGGCCGUACGCGAGCUUUGCGCCGACGUUUGACGGGGAGUCGGUGGAGGUGGGGAGGUGGAGUCUGGGCGAGGUGUUGUACGCGAAGGAGAUUCGGCGGCGACUGAGGGAGGCAGCGCCGCAGAGCACGGGGGAGGCGCAGGUCGUCGUGGACCCUGGUCUUUCUCCACAACCUCAUCACGCAGGUUCUGCGGAGACCGACGACGAUGUCGUCAUGGAGGUAGACGGAGUCGAAGAUAGCAAAGAGCCAGCCGAGGAGAACCUGAGCGGCUUGGAGGACCUCUUGUCGCCGGAGGAAGCUGAAGAGGUCAAAGUUGCGGUGCUGGGCCACCUGCAGUUGGAGUCAUUAGUGGAGGAGCUGCUGGCUCGAAAUGCGAAGGCGCUCGCGCGGCUAGAGGAGCUUCAGACGGAGAGGUUGCGGCAGGCGACGACCGCUCCUGGGAGCUCGAAGGUUCAGGUACCCCCCGUCGAGGCUGGUUCGGAGGAAUGGAAUCUAGCGCAAGGCAUCAUGGAUUCACUCGCAAUCCUCGCCUCUCUCCGCCCGCGCUCCUCCACACCUGACGCGCCUCCACUCACCCCCGCGCCCGCUAUCCUGCGCAAGCUCCACCGCACGCUGCCCGUCCAGCCUGCGGCGCGCUCGGGGUGGCACGGCACCCUUCCCGCCACGCACCCGCGCGCGCUGCGCGACAACACCACCCUCCGCGUCAAGCCCGGCGUCACCAUUCCGGCUCCAACCCCCGCUCCCGCUCCCGCGGUCGCGUCCACUCCGGCGCGCACGACGGCCUCGCCCGCGACGCCCUAUCCCGUCGCUUACGCCGCGCGGCCGGCCUACCAGUCGUAUAACGCCACAGCGGCCGGAUACCCGUACGUGCCCGCCCCGGGCCAAGCGCCGGCGCCGGCGUACCCCGCCUACGGCCAGGCUUGGCAGAUACCCUACCCCGCGCAGCCAACGUCCGGCACAGGCACACCGCAGCCGGGCGCGACGCCGGCGACGCCGGUCGGGAGCUACGCCGGCUUCUUCGCGAACGCGGCGGGGACGCCCACGCUCGCGCCGCAGCCCCAGCGGGCUGUCGCGAACACGGUGCUCAGUGCGGCCGGCAAGGGGGCGGCCGUCGGGAGCGCCUGGGGCGGCGUCGCGCCGACGCUUCCGCCGCACUUGCGGUCCAGCUUUGGGACGCCGGUCGCCGCUGCGCCAGGCACGCCAGGAUACUUUGGAGGGUACCAAAGCACUCCCAGUCGGUGA